AUGGAGUUAGUGCAAUCACUAGCUAAGGAUGCUCUCAAAGUAGCUCAGAAUUAUCAACAGAAAUACUAUAAUUCUGACAAGACACACAUUACCUUUGAGCCAGGAGAUUCAGUCUUAAUCAAUCCCCAUUCCUUAAACUUACUCAAACAUCAGUCAGGGAAAGGGAAUAAGCUAAAUAUGCGUUAUGAAGGACCAUUUGAAGUUAUGGAAAGCAUAUCACCAGUAGCAUAUAGGAUAAGAUUACCUGCUAGCUAUUGCAUACAUCCAAUCAUUAACAUAGCACACUUGGAAUCUUACAAGGCAUCACCCCCAGAGUUUGGAAGCCAACCCACUCAGAAUAUACCUAGAGAGGACUUCCAAAAAAUGCCUGAAUAUGAGGUGGAAAAGAUAGUAGAAGAAAGGACCAUCAAGAAAGGCAACAAGAGGAUUAGACAGUACAAAGUCUGUUGGCUUGGGUACAGCUCAGAACAUGAUAGAUGGAGGACAGAGAAAGAAUUAAGGAAUGCUCCAGAAGUAAUCAAAGAAUGGAAGCAAACCUCUGGCUCCACCAUCCAUCCCAAUCACAAGAAGAAGAAGGAGUUUUAA